UGGGCGGUGCCGGGGAGACCUAAUGUUCCCGGCGGCCCGUGCGUCGGCGGUGGUUGGGUGGUAAGAUGGCGGCUGUGAGUCUGCGGCUCGGCGAUUUGGUGUGGGGGAAACUAGGCCGGUAUCCUCCUUGGCCAGGAAAGAUUGUUAAUCCACCCAAGGACUUGAAGAAACCACGUGGAAAGAAAUGCUUCUUUGUGAAGUUUUUUGGAACAGAAGAUCAUGCCUGGAUCAAAGUGGAACAGCUAAAGCCGUAUCACGCACAUAAGGAGGAAAUGAUCAAGAUUAACAAGGGAAAACGGUUCCAGCAGGCCGUAGAUGCCGUGGAGGAGUUCCUCAGGAGAGCCAAAGGGAAAGACCAGACGUCAUCCCACAAUUCUGCUGAUGACAAGAAUCGGCGUAAUUCCAGUGAGGAGAGAAGUAGGCUGAGCCCAGGUGAUGAGAAGCGCAAGCUGAGCGUGUCUGAAGGGAAGGCGAAGAAGAACAUGGGAGAAGGAAAGAAGAGGGUGUCUUCAGGCUCUUCAGAGAGAGGCGCCAAGUCCCCUCUGAAAAGAGCCCAAGAGCAGAGUCCCCGGAAACGGGGUCGGCCCCCAAAGGAUGAGAAGGAUCUCACCAUCCCGGAGUCUAGCACUGUGAAGGGGAUGAUAGCUGGACCUGUGGCCGCGUUUAAAUGGCAGCCGACUGUGAGUGAGCCUGUUAAAGAUGCAGACCCUCAUUUCCAUCACUUCCUGCUCAGCCAGACCGAGAAGCCAGCUGUCUGUUACCAAGCAAUCACAAAGAAGUUGAAAGUCUGUGAAGAGGAGACUGGGUCCACCUCCAUCCAGGCAGCAGAUAGCACGGCCGUGAAUGGCAGCAUCACACCCACGGACAAAAAGAUAGGAUUUUUGGGCCUUGGCCUCAUGGGAAGUGGCAUCGUCUCCAACUUGCUAAAAAUGGGUCACACAGUGACUGUGUGGAACCGGACUGCAGAAAAAUGUGAUUUGUUCAUCCAGGAGGGGGCCCGCCUAGGAAGAACCCCCGCUGAAGUCGUUUCAACCUGUGACAUCACUUUUGCCUGCGUGUCGGAUCCAAAAGCAGCCAAGGACCUGGUGCUGGGCCCCAGUGGUGUGCUGCAAGGGAUCCGCCCUGGGAAGUGCUAUGUGGACAUGUCAACGGUGGAUGCCGACACGGUCACUGAGCUGGCCCAGGUGAUUGUGUCCAGGGGGGGCCGCUUUCUGGAAGCCCCGGUCUCAGGGAAUCAGCAGCUGUCUAAUGAUGGGAUGUUGGUGAUCUUAGCAGCCGGAGACAGGGGCUUAUAUGAGGACUGCAGCAGCUGUUUCCAGGCAAUGGGGAAGACCUCCUUCUUUCUAGGUGAGGUUGGCAACGCGGCCAAGAUGAUGCUGAUCGUGAACAUGGUCCAGGGGAGCUUCAUGGCCACCAUUGCUGAGGGGCUGACCCUGGCCCAAGUGACAGGCCAGUCCCAGCAGACUCUCUUGGACAUCCUCAAUCAGGGACAGCUGGCCAGCAUCUUCCUGGACCAGAAGUGCCAAAAUAUCCUGCAAGGAAACUUUAAGCCUGAUUUCUACCUGAAAUACAUUCAGAAGGAUCUCCGCUUAGCCAUUGCUCUGGGUGAUGCCGUCAACCAUCCCACUCCUAUGGCAGCUGCAGCCAAUGAGGUGUACAAAAGAGCCAAGGCACUGGACCAGUCUGACAACGACAUGUCCGCCGUGUACCGAGCCUAUAUACACUGAGCCCCCGGCGCCCUGCCCCCUCCCCGCAAUCCGCCCUCCGACUCUUCCUUCCUCACGUGGGGCCGGGGUCCUGGGACUCAGCUCCGGACCAGCCCGCCUGCCUCCGUCUCCUUUUGUACAGACUUUGAGACUUGCCGUCAGCACAGCACACACCCCUCCUGCCCUGGAGGCCCUGGAGAGGGAGAGCUCCGGAGCUGGGGGCUGUGUGUUCACACACACACACACAUACACAUGCACGCACACACCCCGCAUACCGGCUCUCACCCCAGGAUAGAAGCUGCCCAGAAACUGGCCCAGCGUUUUUUUUCUCGUUCUUCUGAGCUUGUCUUAGCUCAGACUCCUUCCGGUUGAGGAAUGAAAAUCAGCUGUGAGAACUGGCAGCCUUCCUUCCUACUGCUCCCCUCAGAGCGAAGGGGCCGUGGUCAUGUCCACGUCCCCCGCUGAUCCCCGCAGAGGCCCUGGGCCGAGGGGAGCCAGCGCAGACUCCAGAGCGGAGGCCCCGUGGGCCCUCCCGCCCCAGGCGACCGGCUGACGAGGAUCGUCACGUUUGAGCCACCGAUGUGCAGCCAGCUCCAUGAAUGCCUUUGUGAACUGAGAGAGACUGGCAGAGCCAAGCGAAGACAGCUCGGGCUUUCCAGGGAGAGCAGCGAGCAGGCAGCCCGUAGGUGAGCCUCCCGGAACCCACUGUCCUCACUGCUCGCCAGCACCUGUCCUAGGAGUCGCCGUCCCUUCAGAGCCCUGGGCUGGGGUCCAACUUCCCUGAUGCAGUGUGAGGGGAGCUCACUCCCCACCGGGCUGUUUCGUAUUCGGACUUGCAUUCCAGACCUUGGGAAGGGGUGCUGAGGGUCGCCUUUGAGGAGUGAAGGCGGGCUGUGGGGUUCCUUCCUGUUUCCGUUAUGCCACAGACUUCAGGUUCGGAAGAGCCUCUCCGACCCGGGUGCCCUCACAGUGGUCCCACCUUCUCCAGCUUGCCCCCAGCACGAGAUCCCACAUGCCAACUUCUCUCCAUCUUCUUCCCUCCUCUUCUCAUGGAGACAGUAUUUCUUUCUGCCUGUCCCUUUGGCCCCACACCCAGCCUGACGAUGACAAUUUCUUAGCUCAGCUCUUGAAACAGGAAUGAGUCUCACUUGAGCCAGCAGCAUCGUCUUCAGUACUGACAAGGCCCCAGGGUUUGUCGGGAGGCAGGAGAGCUGGGCCUGACCGAACCCGAACUAACGGGCCCCCAGAGGUGGGGCUAAGACAUCCUGGAGACCCUAGCGUCUCUCCUGGCACAGGGGACCAGAGGGGCUUGGAACGUGGCAUAAGAACAAGGAGACGUCACCUAAGGGAUGCCAGCUGUUUUCCCUCUGCAUUGGGUGGGUUUUCCACAGUCCCACUUUGCAGAAGGUCGGCAUUUAUAAUGAAUAUAUGUACUAUAUAUAAUGAGUACAGCCAGUGAGGUGGCCACGCCGUGUGGGCCCCUCCCCCUCACAGCCUUGGCCCUCCGCGUCGGAACCCAGGUGAGGGGAUCUCGGAGGACGUGCGGUUCUGGCCGGGAAGAUUCCUGUGGGUUUUUGGCACAGUUGUUAAUUUCACUGAGAUUUUGAAUUCUGUCUAAAUACAAAGCCUGUUCUAGUCCUAGCCGGAUGCUGGGGGGUGGGGGUGGGGGAAAAUUCUGUAAUGAACUUGGUUAGUCAAUGUUGUCUUAAUAUUGUUGACAAUUCUGUAAAGUUCCUUUUUAUGAAUAUUUUUGUUUAAGCUAUUUCACCUUUGUUUUGAAAUCCUUCCCCUCUAAGAAGAAAAUGUGACACUUGUGAAAAAGCUUGUAAGAAAGCCCCUCCUCCAUCACCCCUUUUUCUCCUUUAAACCACCUUUAAAUGACAAAUCUAGGUAAUUAAGGUUGUGAAUUUUUAUUUUUGCUUUGUUUUUAAUGAUCAUGUCUUUCAGAAUAGGACUGUGUGGAAAUGUUUAAAUGGCAAAAAACACGAUUUUUGUGCAAUUAACAAAAAGCUACUGCAAGCAAAAUAAACCGUUUCUUGGUAACCAAA